AUGAUAGGGAGACGGGGUUGCGGCCUGAGUGUCUGGUCCCCCAGUUCAGUCAAACUCGCAUUCCGGGAUGCAGGAAGUGCGAUUUGUGUAGUUGUAUUAUUCUUGGGUGGUUUAGCAGCGACCACCUCGUUAGACGGCCCUGUAAUUAUAAAAGAGGCCAUUCACAAUAAGUUUGUAAAGAGCAAGUCUUUGUUUGAGGUCCUUGGAUUCAACCAUGAUGAGGUCAAGUUCCUGAGGAUGUUUAAUUUGUCAUUGGAGUAUUUUGGAGUGAAGAAGUCGGAGGGUGACCUGUUCUGUCGCAAGUACCGGGCACUAGUUCCUGAUACUGGGAUCUGCUGGGACCAGAGCGUGGGGUAUAUCAUUGACGCGCUCACGGUCUUACAUGUGAUUCUUAAAGAGAAGAGCUGCAAUAAAUUACUGCGCAAAAUGGAAGAUAAUGGCGCAGCGGUAGCUCUCAUGUGGGUGGCCCGGAACCUGGAUUAUUUGAGAAUUGAGGCAAAAAAUUAUUUCGCGGUUUACUUGGCACUGUGCGGUUCCCUUGAGAAGAAAAGAAAGGCCGGUCGCGGGCAUCAGGAGGGUUUAGACUGCACAAAGUCCAAGCACAACAUGCGCCCUCUGACGGUGUUUAACACCUUUGAAAUAACGAACACCAUGUUCAGGGAGUACGAGGAGACGUGGGAGGAUUUGCGCUCAAACAAGUUGGAUGUUCUAUAUUUUUUUGCUACUGGUGGAGGGCGUAAGAGUUUUCCACAACUCUGGGAAAAUUUGUCGCUGGAUGGUCUGGAAAGAUGCCUGUCUUUCAACGGAAUAGAUCGCUACAAACAAUUUGGUUUCGUCCCGCCGAUUACAGGUGUUAAACAGCUGGUGUCACAGGUCGCUAGUGCGAGCGUUAUGGAUACGUUUACUUACUCCGAGGGGAGUGAUGCAAAGUCCCUGAGAUAUAGGGUAAACGGAAAAUAUACGACGCCAGCGAAAUCCAUUGCAAAGAGCUGUAUGGGAUUGAGGCGUUUUGGACUGUGGCACAACGUUGGCUUCAUGAACCAGAUCCGCGAGCACUUCCCAGCGUUCGGUAACCUGCAUUAUUUCACCCAGUGA